GUUAUGUCACUGUUUUGGUGUUUUUAACUGUUCAGCUGUAAGUGUUCGUGUUUACGAGGAGCACAUGAAGGCGUCAUUUUUCCAAGGAACUGGGUAAAGCAAAAGGAUCGGCAUAGCGGUAUAAAACGCAAAGCCUAGCCUUUAAUUAUACUUUUUUAUGUUACUUUAGUGUCCUACAUUAUGUAUUUAUCUGUGAAAGACGUGUUUUAUUUUACUCUGCAACUCAACGAAUAGCUAGUUGGACUUUUUGUUGCUGUUAGGCCUGUUGAAUUCCUUCACAGUAAAAAAGCGAACCAGUUUGCUUAAAAAAAAAAAAAAUGCCUACUGAAUUAAAGCAGAGGAAGAAGGCACAAAAACAAAGUGAUGAGAGUGAAACGUCGGCUGCUAAUGGGAAAGAUGAAGCUCAAAAAGUGAAGACAGAAGCUGGAAACAACGCAGGAGCGAAUAAAACGUCUCCGAGUUUGGACAUUAAAAGUAUUCUGUGUUUAUUAUCGCUGGCAGCAUGCGGGGCUCUGAGCUGGAUGGUGCUGCAGCAGAAUGAGAGGUUUUCCCAAAUUGAAGAAAAGUACAAGUUUUUACACGGAAGGACUUCAAGUCUGUUCGACAUGGAGGAAGAAGUCUUAAAGGUUUCUAAAAAGCUUGCCGCCUCUGAGGAUGACCUACAGGAUGUGCUCUCCACCAUCUCCUUGGCAACACGACUGCAGCAGGACAUCUCCACCCUCCACGCCGCUGUCAUGGAGAUGCAGGCCGACGAGAACUCCGCCUCCCGUGACCUGCAGACGGUCAACGCCCACUUCCUCAAUGUGACAGAGACGUGGCAGGAGCGACUGGCCGCCAUCACCUCUGACCUCACUGCCCUCAAGGCCGAGUCACGGGAAGCUCACACCGGAGCCACGGAGCGGGUGAACGAGGCCGAGCGGAGGGCCCGGGCGCUGACGGAGAGGUUGGAGGAGCUCGAGGACAGCACGAAGAGGAACGCCCGAGCCAUGGAGCGUGCAGAGGAAGACGACGCCAAACGAGCGCAGGGUCAGCUGGACUGGAACACAAAGCAGAUCCACUACCUGGAGGAGCAGAUGAGCAGCCUGAGCAAGAGCAAGGCUGAGCUCAGCACUCAGCUCCGGGAGCACAUUCCCCGGGCGCAGGAGUGCGAAAAGCAUUUGCCCCAGGUAGAGGAGGCGGUGCGCUCCAUCCUGAAGCUCGGGGGUGAUCUGAGCGGGGCAGAGAAACGGCUGGAAGAGGUGACCUUACAGGUGUUUGGCACCGAGGACAGCAUGCUGAAAGCACUGAAUGAAAUCCUUGACAUGAGACAGGAGCUGGACAACCUGCAGGCUCAAAACAGCAUCCUCAAGAUGAAGAACGAGUUGUCGGUGGUUAAAGAGGCGGUCCGUGAACUCACCAUGGUGCUGAGAGAAAACACGGUGGACAGUCUAAAGGUCUCCGACACUCUGGAGGACGAGGGAUGGAUAUACGAUGAGGAGGAGGAAGAGGAGGAGUGGGAAAAAGAUGAGCAGGAUGAGACAGCUCAACCUCUUUAUGAUGACUUCACUGAGUGAGGUCAAUGUUUUGAGUGAACUAGAGAAAAGGAGUGGCGCUGUCUUACUAUUUGCUGUAAAGGUUCAAUACUAUUAUUUUUCAAUAUGUGUACCUCAGUUUAACGUCAGAACAUUGUGACUAUCGUUGCAUAAAAGUUAGUUAGAUACAUGCACUGUGUUACACAAGUACAACCAAGAAUGUAUUUUAAUGUUUGUUUCAUGUGGAGUUUAAGGUUUAACAUUUAAGUUUCUUUGUAUCAUUGUAUAUUUUUUAUAAAACAUUCCCCAUGACUCCAGCCAUUUGCACUGAUACAGUUAUAUAUCAAUAUCUAGCUGUAUCAAUGAACUUUCCAGAUGUAACUACCUUAGAGCUGAAACAAUCAGUCGAUUAAUCAAGGUGAUUCUCAAAAGUACUUUUUCUAUAAAAAAAUACCAAAAAUGUUCCAGUUCUGAAUUCUGCACAUUUGCUUUUUUCUUUCUUAUUCAAGCUGAAUAUUUUAUUGUAUAUUUAAAAGAAAGAAAGAAAGACAAGCACUUUGAAUUCAUCACCUUGUGCGUUAAGAUAAUAGGAUUUCUUAGACAAAUCAAUGAAGAAAAUUGCAGCCCAAAGCUACCAAAGCUGUCAGUGUUACUAUAUAUUUUGAGCAGAAAGAUGUGGAUGGAUAAUAAAUGUUAAUGUUUUUGAUGAGUGUUACAUUUCACCUGUUGAAAGAAUAACCAUCCUUCUAUCACUGAACUUAUUUAAUAAAGUCACCUUUUUUAUAAGGUCUUAUUUCUAUAAA